AUGUCGACCACCCGGCGUUCGGAUUCCGAGGAGGAGAAGACGAAUGCCUCUCACCACAGUCCCAUCACGACGGAUCACCCAAAGCUCGAGGGAGGAUUAACACACGCGCAAACCGCUUCGACGAUUCAGAACAAGCGCACUUUCGGUUUUGUUAUGACCAUGCUGGGCUUCAGUAUUUCGUUCGUUGUAGCUGAAGUCAUCCCUCUGUUUCUCAUUACACUCUUCACGGUUAUUGCAUACGACUUAAAUUCCGGUGACAAGGCUAUUUGGUUGAUCGUGGCACAAUUCAUCGCGGUCGGCUCUACUGUUCCUUUCGUGGGACCUCUGGUCGAUUUGCUGGGUCGCAAAAUGACGACGCUUGUCAGUCUGCUAUUCACCGUUGUGUCCAUGAUUCUGCUGGGAACCACACAAAACAUUGCUGGAGCCAUCGCGUCCAUGGUGAUUUCUGGUAUGGGAAUUGGCAUUCAGUUGCUCACCUCCAUUGCUGCCGUCACGGAAUUAGUUCCCAUUUCUCAGCGUGGUAUCACGAUCGGAUACAUCGUCAUGGGUUUCAUGCCAUUUGCCCCUGCAUCCCUGUAUGGUCAACUUCUUGCGGAGCACAGCUGGCGAUAUGUUCCUCUCGUCAUUGGUGUUCUUGCACUCGUUGGAUUCGUUAUCAUCGCUAUCUGGUACAAGCCACCACCACGAGUCAACUCUCUCGGAUUGACCAAGCGUGAGAUCCUCGGCAGAAUCGACUUCAUCGGUGCAUUCCUUGCCAUUUCUGGUGUCACCCUCUUCCUCGUCGGACUCAACUGGGGCGAGCAGCCAUAUCCAUGGAACUCUGCUCAUGUAAUUGCCUGUUUGACAGUCGGUCUGGGACUCUUGGUGUUCUUCGUCGUAUAUGAGAAGUUCAUCGUCAAGUACCCAUUGUUCCCUGGAGAGUUGAUCCAGCACCCACGUUUGUUCUUCGUCAUCUGCUUCUUGUGCUUGACAUCUGGAGUCAACUUCAUUCCUGUCGUGGUCUUCUGGACUAUUCAGUGCUACACUGUGUACGGUGCAUCGUUCCGUGAUGCUGGUAUAUGGCUUCUGCCUAUUGGAUUCUGCAUUGCUGGAGGCGCUAUCAUCAGUGCUGGCUUGAUGACUGUCUUCAAGACAAAGAUUCACUGGAUUCUUCUCGGAUUCUGUGUCAUUCAAACAGCUGGUCUCGGUUCUGUCGCCGCUGCUGAUCCAGAAAAUAUCAACACCGUCUGGGGCCCAUUGAUCAUCGGCCUCCUCGGUGUCGGCGGCGUCCUCCUCCCCAGUCAAGUUGUCUUCUCCAUCAUCAGUCCGGAAACCCUAAUCGGUACAUCCAUCGCCUUGUCCAUCGUAAUCCGCGCAGUCGGCCAAGUCGUCGGAGUCUCCAUGUUCUACAACCUCUUCCACUCGCACAUCGAGCACCGCGCCAUGACCAACCUCACCAUCUUCACCCUCCCCGCCAUCACCAACGGGUUCAACCCAGGUUUGCACCCAAUCGAGGCUACGACUGAACUGAUCACCACUCUGACUGCGGGCCCAUUCUCGGCGUAUGCGGGGAACUUCAAUAUUACGGAUCCGGAGAACAUUGCUGCUAUCCAGCAGGCAGGACAUGAGCUUUACAAGACGGCGUUCCCGGAGCUGUAUUUGGUUUCGAUUGCGUUUGGAGGGGCGGCGAUCAUUUCGUGCUUCUUUUUGAAGGGAAUCUCUGCGUUCAUCAACGAGAAUGUCGCUGUACACCUCGGUUAA